AUGAUCAAGAGGUUAAAUUUGGGUUUAUUUCAUUCCGAUUUACAAAUAUAUCUACUUAUUGAUGACUACCACCAGCAGCAACAGCAGCAGCGGCAGCAGCAGCAGCGGCAGCAACAAAGAGAGCGGCAAUAUCAGCAGCAGCAGCAGCAGCAGCAGCAGCAGCAGUGGUCCGGCUUAAGCGAGACUUCGGGGCCACGAGUCUCCCCUUACUUCUCCCAGCAGCAGCAGCAACAGCGGCAGCAACAACAACCACAGCAGCAACAGCAGCCGCAACAGCAGCAGCAACAGCGGCAGCAACAACAACCACAGCAGCAACAGCAGCCGCAACAGCAGCAGCAGCAGCAGCAACAGCAGCAGCAGCAGCAGCAGAUGACCCUGAGGACCCAGCAGGAUGCAUAG